AUGAUGACGCCCAGUCAUAAGCAAUCUCCGGGCACAAGCAAUAGUCCAUUUGUGGAAAAUGGUUCUUUUAAGACAACAAAAUCCAAGCAUGGGAAAACAAAUAGAACUAUUAAGGAAUAUGUGGCCCAGCAGUGUGCCGCGGUUGAAAAGCGCACUCGGCAGCAGAUUCAAGAAGCAAUAGAAGCAGCAGCAACUUAUACAGAUAAAGCCAAAGUUACAGCAGUAAAAGAUGCAAGUUCACAAAUUGACGAGGUUGCUGAGCGACUCACAGCGUUGAUAGCAGAACAGCGCAAGGCUGUGCGAGAGGAGACACAAUGCAAAGUGCGCGUAGCUGUCGACAGCAUGAUGGAGUAUAUGGACUCUAAGAUCCAACUUUUGAGUCAAACAGUACCUGCAGAAAGCAAGAAUGAAAAUAAAUAUAAGAAUAAAAGAGAAAAUGAGCUGGAAGGGGUAAUUAGAAAACUGGAUGAAAGGUUGAGUAUAAGCGAAGAAAGUCUAGGGACAUUACGAGCCGCAUUGACAUCAAUACAACAGCAAAUUGACCAAAAGAAGUUUUUAACAAGAACUUCAAAAACCAUGCAAAAGUUGUUAGAUUUAUGCGAGUUUGUGGAUGUGGAAGAAUGGCCAGAAUCAAGUACGUUGCGAUGUCAAGUAGAGGAGCUUGUGGCUAUGCCCUUGAGAGAGCAUAUUCUUCAGGUUGACUAUAAAGUAGGGAAUUUGUCUAAAACUCUAGGAAUUUUGGAACAAAAAGUUUUACAAUUGACGACAGAAUUUGAAGCCAAAUGUGAAGAGUGGAAGUUGACCGAAACAGCAAGCAAACAAGUACCUCUAUUGUUUGAAAAACUGAUUGCUCAAAGAGAGAAUUUAAAACGGGCAAUCAAAAUUUUUGAAGAAAAGAAAAGGGGGUUGGAGGAGGACAAGAAGGUGACUCAAAAAGAAACUGAAAAGCUUGAAAAAAGGGUAAAAUCUUUAGAGAGACAGAUUGAAAUUGGAGAAAAAGUACAACAGUUGACUACAAAUAAUAUGGUAAUGGAAGUGAAUGCUAGGGCAUUACGAAACGACUUGAAGCAUUUAGAAGAAAAGGUUGAGAGGCUAGCAGUAACGAUAUGUCAGAUGGAUGAAAAUAGAGAAGUCAAGUAUCAGCAAUCAGAAUUGCAAAAACAAGAACAUAAAAAUGAAAAUGAACAACAAUUUUUUGACGAAGAAGAAGAAGAAGAAUUAGAUGAAAAGUUUUGGGACCGGCGUGGAGAAGAAUUUGAAGCCAUGAGAGAACAAGUGAGGCUUCCCACUGUUGAAUCAAUUUAUACUGACCAAGAUAACACUCAAAACAGCACGUCUCUAGACGACGAAGAGUGGGACUUUGAAGAUGAACAGGAAAAAUAUAGGACCAUAGGUACUAGAGAUUUAAAAGCCUAUCAAGUCAGUAAUAAGGCAGAUGAGAAUGGACCCAUCCUUUGUUCAGAGCCUACCACACCUCUUAAGCACUCUAAUCAAGUUGACGGGAGCUAUUUUUCUCCGGGAUCCAACAAUGAUUUUACAACAGCAGUAGCACCACUGUCACCUCUUCGCACGGAGUUUGUGUCGCCCAAGGCGGCCACCAAUGCGACAUCCACUUGCACGCUGACACGCCAGUUUGGCCAGCAACUCAGGCUAGCUCAGACUGCUGGGUUAUUUGAGUCUGGUGUGGCGGAAGCAGCAGCAGGGUCGCCCUAUUAUAAUAGCCAGCGUCUUGGCCGGCUAGAGCAUUGGGGCAGCACUAACGGUUGUACCGUUAAUGCUCGAGGGCCUCGGCAGCUUUGA